AUGUCUAACAAUGAUAAGAACAAAAUUUCAAUUGAAGCACCGAUCGUACCUGAUGGUGGAUGGGGAUGGCUCAUUGUCUUUGCAUCAUUCAUGAUCCAUUUCGUUAUGGACGGGAUAACGUAUUCCAUGGGUCAAGUGUUCUUAGAACCCAUGAGAAAGGAACUUUCUCUUGAUCGAGCUUCGGUGUCAAGUAUUUUUGGUAUUUUGCCAGCGGUCACUCUCGGUGCAGGACCAAUUGCUACCGUUCUCACUAAUAUGUAUGGAUGUCGUACAGUGGCUAUAGCGGGUACUUGUAUUGCUUCUCUUGGUUUUUUUCUUAGUCGAAUGUGGGCCAAUAUCUGGUUUUAUUAUAUUACAAUUGGUGUCAUCGGAGGCAUAGGUUUUGCAUUAAUGUACUUGCCAGCCAUUGUCUCUGUUGGAUUUUAUUUCGAACAAAAACGUACAUUUGCUAUGGGCGUAGCUGUAUGUGGUUCAGGUGUGGGUACAUUUGUACUUUCCUAUGUUAUUAAUGGAAUCGUCAAUAUACGCUCUUGGCUCAACUAUAAGAGUGCAUUGCUCGUCGAAGCUUGCAUCAUCUUAUUUGGCCUUCUAUGCGGCUCUUUAAUGGUGCCUCUACCACAAGAACCCAGCGAACAACGACGACUAGAACGAAAAACACGUAAACAAUUCAAGCAAAAACAGAUCGCUCAAUGUCUUGUUUCGCAGAAUGUACCUACAACAUCAGACAAUAGUGGUGUCGACGCCGAACCGAUGUUGCCAGUUAUUGCCAUUGAAAAAUCACGAAGUAAAUCUUUUUUUCAUCAAAUAAUUGAACAAAUCGAUCUUAAUCUACUCAAAAAUUCUACAUUUACACUAUUUAUUAUAUCGAACUUUUUGACAAGUCUCGGUUUCAAUGUCGUGUACAAUUUUGCUGAUGAUCUUGCAAAUGAUUCCAAUGUUAUAAAAGAUCAACGAUCAUACAUUGUUAUGUCAAUUGGUUUGUCGAACAUUUUCGGUCGUCUUAUUAUUGGUUAUUUCGGUGAUCGAAAAUGUGUAAAUCGACUUCUCUUAUUCAUUCUAACGUUGAUUAUUUCCGGUGUUGCUACUAUGAUAGCUCCACUAUGUGGUUCUUCUGUUAUUUCUCAUAUAGGCUAUGCGUCUUUUUUUGGUUUUUUUUCGGGUGGUUCUGUUACUUUAACAGCAAUUGUUCUUAUCGAUAUAGUCGGCAUUGAUAAACUAUCUGAUGCAUUUGGUGUUGUUUUACUUUUUGUCGGCGUUGCAACUGCUAUUGGAACACCAAUUGUUGGUGGAAUGCGUGAUGCAUUUUCUCAUUUUACUCGACCUUUUCUUUGGCCCUAUCUUAUUUUUGGCAGUUGCACUGUUAUCAGCGGUGUCAUACUAUUUGCAAUUCCGUUUUUACAACGAAAAAAGCCAAGUGACGUUCACAUAGAAAUGGAUGUUAAUAAAUUCUACUCUGGAAAAGAUCGAUUAUCUCAAGAACAACAGCAAAAAGUCUAA